AUGCCGCUGCUACAAACAAAAUCGGCAAGCCAUUGUGCCACUGCCACACAAUUAAAUCAGCAAGCCAUUGUGCCACUGCUACAACCAAAAUCGGCAAGCCAUUGUGCCACUGCCACACAACUAAAUCAGCAAGCCAUUGUGCCACUGCUACACACAAAAUCGGCAAGCCAUUGUGCCACUGCCACACAAAUAUUAAAUCAGCAAGCCAUUGUGCCACUACUACACACAAAAUCGGCAAGAAAUUGUGCCACUGCCACACAAUCAAACCAGCAAGCCAUUGUGCCACUGCUACAAACAAAAUUGGCAAGCCAUUGUGCCACUGCCACACAAAUAAAUCAGCAAGCCAUUGUGCCACUGCUACAAACAAAAUUGGCAAGCUAUUGUCCCACUGCCCCACAAAUACUAAUAAAUCAGCAAGCCAUUGGCAAUGUGCCAAUGCUACACAAAAUAAGCAGACCAUUUUGCUUAAAACGUUUUAAUCAAGUGAUAGUGUUAUUCACUCAAAUGUUAGGCUACAUUGUGUAUGUUCCAUUGUUGUUGAGAAUUGCAAAUGAUGUAGAGUUAAAUCCUGGACCCACAACAUAUGAUGUGCUUGAUCCAACUAAAACAAUAUGUGCUGAUUUUAGCCAGGGAAAUACAAAAAUUUUCGACAAAAUGCUGGUAAACAAUGUCUAGCAAUGUCUUUAACUGCGAUAAUAUAUAAUUAUAUCUUAAAUGAAAAUGCAUGGGAUUCAACUGUAUUAGAUUCCAUACUGUGUGCUGGAAAUAACCUUUAUUCUUUUAUAAGCAAUUCUGUUAAGAAAAGCUACUUGCUUUUGACUGACGUGCCUGAAAUGGUUUCGGUUUUUGAUGGCAUUUAUUGUAUUCAAUAUGGUGACCCGUUUGCUGGUGACUUAUUCAUGGCAAAUACCGCUCUACCUUAUUAUUCUAUAUAUAAUUCUCUUAAUAAUCUGUUUGCGGAAACUCAGUUAAAUUAUCAACAUUGUCUGUUGACAAUUGGUUGUAAUACUGUUGCAAUUUUUAAGACUUCUGAAGGAACCUUUAAAGUAUUUGAUUCUCAUUCAAGAGAUUUAUAUGGGAUUCCACACCCUUUUGGAAAAUGCAUAUUAGCAUCUGUUGAUAGUAUAGAAAGCCUGGUGAUAUAUUUCCAGAGUACUGUACCUCCAGGUAAUGAAACACCCUUCGAAGUUAAAGGAGUAACUGUUCAGUUAAAUUGUGAUAUAACACAAAUAAGCGGACUUGUUUCAAGCGAAAGUGAAAAAUAGCAUGUAAAACAAAAUUGUUCAGAGUUAACUGAGAGUCAGAAACAAAGCAGACUGCAAAACGCUAGAAAGUAUAAAAAAGCUAAGCAAGCAGCAGAAACUGAAACUUAGAAACAAACUAGACUUGGAAAUGCUAGGGAGUAUCAAAAAGCAAAACGAGCUUCAGAAACUCAACAUGAGAAACAAACCACACUUAAAAAUGCUAGGGAGUGUCGAAAAGCAAAACGAGCUUUAGAAAUUGAUCACGAGAAACAAACUAGACUUGAAAAUGCUAGGGAGUAUCGAAAAGCAAAACGAGCUUUAGAAAAUGAUCACGAGAAACAAACUAGACUUGGGAAUUUUAGAAAUUAUGAAAAAAGAAAACAACGACAAGAAACUGAGAUUGAAAAACAAGCUAUAGUUGCCAGUGCUAAUCAGAACAAGAGAAAACGUUUGUGCGCUUCUACUCAAAUUAUAAAUCAGCAGGAUUAUUUUGUUCAAACAAGUUGAGCUUAAAUAUUGGGGACUUCUACCGUGGGAUGCAAUUUCAGAAAAGCUGGCAGUCCAAGACUUUUUUCGUGAGCUUUCUCAUGGGAAGAAAGAGGCUAUUAUUGCGUAUUCUAACAAGUAUUCACCCGAAGAGAAGCUUGCAGCUUCGUGUUUACACGACAUGGCUUGUUCUGAGCUUACGUUCUGGGCAAAAUCUAUAAUUAGUCGUAGGCUGUAUUUUACAGCCAGGCAUUCCCAUCCUUGGGUAGUGGAAUUCAGCUCAAGAUUACAAACGCUGGUUUUUGAACAUAUUAUUAAAACCUUGACAUGUUCUUCCUCGUUUGCUGUAAAUAUUCACCUGAAACGUACAGCCAAAGAAAGGAAAGUGAAAGAGCGCACCGUCGAAAUUAGUAACUACAGAAAACUCGGUCAACUAUUUGCUGUCGCUGGUAAUUGUAAAACAAGUUUAAAGAAAGAUGUAUCCGGAAAGGGUCGUGUUAAUAUUAUUGUCAAUGACAAUAAACCAUUUGUUGUGACUUACAAUGAACAAAAAGAAACUGUGACAGUUAUGUGUCACUAUGGAAGCUGGAAUACAGAUGGGGUACCACAAUUUAUUUAA